AUAACUGUUUUGUUGUAAUGCAAAACAGUUCUAUUAUGGAGAGCCAUGAGAUGCCAUAUCAUCACCUAUUACGGCUCUGUGAUCAUCACGCUGAAGUCUGCUGAAUAAACCCACUCAAUUUGAUGUAAUAUUUGAAUUAAUUAUAUGAAAAUCUUCAAAAUCUUCGCUUGUGUCACUUGUGUGAUGGCCUCAAGCUCUAAUCCAUAUCUGUGGCCUCAAGUCCUCAACUAUCGUUAUGCGAUCAAUAAAAACUAAAUGUAGACUGUAUGUCUUUGCUUUUUUUCUGUAAAAGAACAAAAAAUGCCAUCCGUCAUCAAAUGUCAUCGAUGUCAUUUUCAUUCGCUUUUUGCAUUGCAUUUUUUUUUCAUUCAUUCUUUGAAAAUGCAAGUGUUUGGAUUGCGUAGUGCAAGUUGCAUAAUGAGAUUUUAAUUAAAACAAAUGAUUAUAGGAGAAGUUUCAUGAAAUGUCUACUUUACUUAGCGGCGAGGUUAUACGUAGUUUAACUGCAAAAAGUAAUACACCUUUAGUUUUUCGGGGUUUUGUUAAUUGGCCUGUAUGCCAAUGGGAUUCGGAGAAAUGGUGCUCGGUGUUUGGCGACAAGGAAAUACCUUUUCGAUGUCUGAAAAGAGAUUUCGUCUCCGACGAGCCCUGUUGGGAGAGGAAGUGCAAGUUGAAAUCAAUGACGUUCAAAACUUUCGUGGACAGUUUGGAAAGUAGUGAUGAAUGGAUGUAUUUUGACUACAAGUAUCUCCAUCAAUGGUUUGGGGCUGAUACUGAAUUGAACAAGGCAGUUUCAUGGAAAGACUUUGGGUACCCUGACAAAGGUGCUGCAGAAACUACACUGUGGGUAGGCAGCCGCGGAGCUCACACUCCGGCCCAUCAGGAUACGUAUGGAUUCAACAUUGUAGCUCAACUUCAUGGCAUAAAACGAUGGAUAUUGUUUCCCCCAGAAACUGGUGGAUUAAAGCCUACAAGAGUGCCCUAUGAAGAGUCCAGUGUUUACAGUGAAUUAAACUUCUAUUGCCCCAGUAAUCUAGAUGUUUUCAAUGCUAGACCAUCGGAGCGCCCGGCCAGACGCAUGCCAAAGUUUUUAGGCUAA